AAAGUCCCAAAGAACCGCACUGCAUUUCCGUCAGUCUCUUGUUAAAGUAAUCCUCAAGUCUACUACUACAGGAAUCGGUUGACGCAGAGAAUGGAGGGAAGAAGGGUCAUUGGAUGGGCUGCCAGAGAUGUAUCAGCACAUCUUUCACCUUAUUCAUUCACUCUCAGGAAAACAGGUCCAGAAGAUGUGGUGUUGAAGGUAUUGUAUUGUGGAGUAGAUCACACUGAUCUACACCAGAUGAGGGGUGAGCUUAUGCCCAUCAACUACCCAUUGGUUCCAGGGCAUGAAGUGGUGGGCGAGGUCGUGGAAGUGGGUUCAGAAGUAAACAAAUUCAAGCUUGGAGACAAGGUUGGAGUUGGGUGCCUGAUAAGCUCUUGUGGGAAAUGCUUGUCUUGCAACUCCAAUAAUGAACAGUACUGCAACCAGAGGGUCUUUACAUAUGGUGCCGUCAACAAAGAUGGAACUCCCACUCAUGGUGGCUUUUCUUCUGCCAUGGUGGUUCAUCAAAAGUUUGUGGUGCAGAUACCCGAGAAACUAGCACCAGAGCAGGCAGCACCGCUCUUAUGUGCUGGAGUGACGGCUUAUAGUCCCUUGAAGCAGUUCAAUAACUCUGAUAAGGCUAUCAAGGCCGGAAUUUUGGGGCUCGGCGGAGUCGGGCAUUUGGCAGUGCUGAUAGCAAAGGCAAUGGGGCAUCACGUAACCGUGAUAAGUUCUUCAGAAAAUAAGAAAGUGGAGGCUUUAGAGCAUUUGCACGCCGAUGCUUUCCUGGUGAGCUCUAAUGCGGCAGAGAUGGAGGGAGCAGCAGCCAGUCUCGAUUACAUUCUCGACACUGUCCCCGCUUUCCAUUCUCUGGAGCCUUACAUUUCGCUUCUCAAAGCUGGUGGGAAGCUGACUUUUGUUGGGGUUUCCACUAAGCCCCUGCAUUUCAACAAUGAUGAAUUGAUUUUAGGGAAUAAAUCAUUGACAGGGAGUUUCAUAGGAAGCAUGGAAGAAACACAGGAAAUACUGGAUUUUUGGGCAGAGAAGGGACUGAGUACAAUGAUAGAGGUGGUGAAGAUGGAUUAUAUAAACAAGGCUUUUGAGAGAUUGAAGAGGAAUGAUGUGAGGUAUAGAUUUGUGCUGGAAGUUGCUGGAAGCAACCUUGAAUGAUACGGACGCCAUUCUCCAGAAAUACCAUUUAACUUAAUAAUGUGGUUUUCACUGUAAUUAUCAAUAAUAUAAUAGGAUUAAGGGCCAGUUCUUCAUUGCUUAAAAAAAAUACUUCUCACUCCAAAAACACUUUUGAAAUAAAAGCUGUGAAGAACAAGCUGCUUUUGGCUGAAAUUUUUAAAAGCACUUCUGAAAAAGAGCUGAAAAGGAGAAGUUAAAAAUUUUAGCUUUUCCUCUCCCAAAACUAAUUUUGGUGCUUAAUUAUUUUUUCACCCCUCCAAUAACAUUGUAUUUUUAUUUUU